UCCGCUCGUCAGAGCGUGCGUAGCCCCGCCUCUUUUGCCCCACUUCCGCUUCCGGUUGAGGCCACCAUCAUGGCGGUGCUGGCGGCCAACCCCAACAACCCGGUGGUGUUCUUCGACGUCACCAUCGGCGGGCAGGAGGUUGGCCGCAUGAAGAUCGAGCUGUUCGCUGACGUGGUGCCCAAAACCGCAGAGAACUUCAGGCAGUUUUGUACCGGUGAAUUCAGGAAAGAUGGCGUCCCCAUAGGUUAUAAAGGAAGCACAUUCCACAGGGUAAUAAAGGAUUUCAUGAUCCAAGGAGGUGACUUUGUAAACGGAGAUGGCACUGGAGUAGCCAGUAUAUACAGGGGUCCUUUUGCAGAUGAAAACUUCAAGCUGAAGCACUCUGCUCCUGGCCUGCUUUCUAUGGCAAACAGUGGUCCAAGUACUAAUGGGUGUCAGUUCUUCAUUACGUGCUCCAAGUGUGACUGGUUGGAUGGAAAACAUGUUGUGUUCGGUAAAAUUGUUGAUGGGCUGUUGGUAAUGAGAAAAAUCGAAAACGUGCCCACAGGACCCAAUAACAAACCCAAGCUGCCGGUUGUGAUCUCUCAGUGCGGGGAGAUGUAAAUCAAUGGAGCAGGAAUGGGUGCUCCGUUAUGGGUGGACAGGCCUUUCCCAGCUCCACGCAGCUCCAGCCAGUAUCCCCACUGUCCCGGUCCUCCUCACAGAUGUGCUCCUGAAAUAACUAAAUAAUUGGAAUAUAUCUUCUUUUUUUUUUAAAGUAUUGAAAUGUAAAUAAAGGAUUUUGUUUAAUA